AUGCCGUCCAAAACCGCCAUCAGCCAACUGGCCAUCUCACUGGCACUGUGCAACUCUGCCUUUGGCCAGGUCGUCAAUGGUGCCGACUACAACAAGCCCAAUGGAGGACCUCCUGCCAGCUUCUUCGCCGCUGCAUCGACCAUGCCCGUGGCGGCCCUUCAGGCAGCGGCCGCCAAAGCCAGCCAGGUCCCCAAGUUGGCCACGUACCCCGUGAGUCAGGACAGUGGUGCGGCCAAGUCAACCAUCCAUAGCGACUGGGCGUCAUUCAGUGAGGGCGCCUCAAUCUCCUGGGUAGCCGACAUGGAUGUCGAUUGCGAUGGGCUCAAUUCGGGAUGUCAGGGAAACCCCGACGGACAACCUCAGACCAACUGGGGCGCCCUGUCUGCAUAUGAAGUCCCCUUUAUCGUCAUCCCGGACAAGUAUCUGUCGGCCAAUACCGGCGCUCUGCCUGGCAACAACAUUGCCGCGGUGAUCUGUAACGGCAAAAUGUUCUAUGGUAUCCUGGGAGACUCCAACGGUGACAACCCCCAAGUCACCGGCGAGGCGUCCUGGUUGAUAGCCCGGACUUGUUUCCCCAACGAGGGCCUGAACGGCAAUAACGGCCACACAGGUGUCGACGUGACCUACAUCGUCUUCACCGGCAAAGAUGCGGUGCUCCCCAGCAGUGCCCUGACGAAAAACUACAUCACCAACUUCACCACCCUGCGCAGCAUGGGCGACAAGCUCGUCAACGCCCUCGCGACGAAGCUGGGUCUUUUGGGGACUUCGCCCACGAAGACCACCACUCUCGUCACAACGACCACGACGAAGCCGACAUCUACUGCUUCAUGCUCCUGGGCAGGUCAUUGUGAAGGUGUGUAUAGCCGCUGCCCUGCUUCGUUCGUCGACUGA